AAAACACUAAUCUUUGAGUGGACAUUGAUGAUGGAAGAAUCAAGAACGAGGAGUUGGCUACUCCUCCAAUUGAAUAUAGAAGGCCUGUGGGGUUGACAUCAAGACGAAAUCAUGCCCAACAAAAAGCAAGAGAUUUAAAUGAUCACAAGUAGAAAUUUGACUCUAGAGGAGAUUAGUGUGUGUGAAGGAGCUGCAUAUAUUAGAAAAUGAAAGAUUGGGCUGCUCCCUUCGUAGCUGCAGCACUGUUUGCAUUUCUAUCACCAGGGGUAAUCCUGCAAAUCCCAGGGAAGAAUCAACCCAUCUGUUUUAUGAACAUGAAAACAAGUGUGGCUGCCAUUUUUGUGCAUGCUGUUCUCUAUGCUUUGUUCCUCAUCCUGUUCCUUGUUGUUCUUCAUAUCCACCUCUAUGUCUAACAACAAAGGCACUCUCUCUAUCUAACAAGAUUAGAUUUUCAUUUUGUAUUAUCCAGUUUUCUGCUCCCAUGAAGAAGAAUUUGCUACUGUUAUUUAGCUUUUGUUGUUUUUUCACAUUGCUUCUAUGUUAUUCAGACUCGGUUAUGAUUAUCAAACAUAGCAUUGCAGCUAUUUUCUACUAAA